AAUCAAAAGCAAACUUCUAAGGAAAAUGUCAAGUUUCAUAUCAGUUUAGAAUUACAUUUAGAAUAAAUGUUUCUUUUAAAUUUUUGUGCUGAUUAUUCAAAUAUGUUGAUACAUUAAAUAUAUUUUUUUCAUUCUUUUACACCUUGUAUUAUAUAUAUGGAAGAUUAUAAUUAAAUAGUAGUUCAGAGAUUUCUGUAGAAAGAAUUUAUUGGACAAAUCUCAACAAUUUGGUAUGCAUCUGUCCUGAGUAUGUAAUUUUCAUUUUUGGGAAAAAAAUUUUGUCUACUGUGGUGAAAAUUGAUGUGUUUCCUUAAUUAUGAUAAUCCUGUAUUUUGUAUUGUUUGACUUUUUCAUCAUCACACUUGAUUAUAUAAAGUUUAAGAGAAAGCAGUUUCAAACCUCAUUAAAAAACCAUCAUAAAAAUCAAAAAAUAAAUCCUAUACAUAAAAAAUAUUAUUUAAUGUUAAAAUUUUAAUGAUGUAAUUGCAAAUAAUUUUAAUAUUUUUAGAUUAAUUACUCAGUGGAAAGAAUUUAUUAAUGAUCGUAUAGAUUUGACAGAAACUAUUUUAUUUCUAUGUGAUAAAAUUACAUAUGCAGUGGAUGAACUUCCAACUUUGAGUAAUGAUAAAAAGGAAUUUUCUAAUAUGGUGAAAAUAAUACAUUUAAAUCUGAAAACAAUCAUUUCAAUAUGUGAUAUAUUUUCUAAUUAUCUUGGUGAUGGCUUAAAUGCAAUUGUAAAAUUGAUUUUAUAUUUAUACAGGUUGACUGUUCCAUCUUUUUGUGGAUUUACUAUUGAAGAACAAAUUGAAGAAAUUCACAGAGGCAUUGUUGUAGGCAUUGAACCAUUGAUAACUGCAUUAUUAUCUGAUCGUCAAUUCAUUAACUUUGUUAUCAGAGAACAAGCACGAGACUCUGAAUUUUCUUCUUGUUUAUUGAAAUUAUUUAUACUCCAGAAAUUGUCUACAUUAUCAGAAGAAACUCAAGACUUAUGGAUUAAACCUUCUAAGGCAAAACAGUCACUCAUUACUUCCAUUUUUACGACAGUUGAAAUGUGUUUUUCACAAUUCCAUUUACCUGUCUAUCUGUCUGGAAAUUUGUGUCAAGGAAAAUCACAGAAAAUGAUCAGUUUUUAUGAACUUGUAUGUAUUCGUGUUUGUAGUUUUAUCUCAGCAAUGCCUGUUCAAUAUUUUCCAAUUUUGGAAAAGGUGUUGUUUAAUUAUGUAAAAAGCUCUGGAGUAUAUGCAACUUUAAUAAGUGAUAUUUUAUGCUUUGUUGCAAGGUAUGGUUCAGCAGAUUUAUGUUUUUCAUAUUGUUCUUUUCUGGUUGAACUCUUAAUGAAAUCUGAUGCAGAGAACAAUAUCAAUAUGUUGCACAUCAGAUUUCUUCUUAGAAGAAUAGUAAAAUUUCUGAUACCAAAAUAUAAAUGUGAUCUGUUAGAUUUCAUUCGAAAUAUUCUCAGUGAAUAUAAUGAUCAAGUUCUAGAAGAACAAAUUAAGAUAUUACUUAACUGGUGGAAAAGAUUAUCACUUGAUCAACUGUCAUCGUCAUUAGUUGUUAAAAAUAUAACAGUUAAACUUAUUCAGAUAUUUACAUGUUUAAUUCCACAUCUUCAAAAUAAGUUGUUAUUAAAGACAUUAGACUUCCUUUUCCAGUCAUGGUGUGUAGAAUGCGAUGUUGUUUGUGCAGCAAUAAUUCAGUUCUUAAAACAGUGUAAAAAUAAAUAUGUUACUCCUUCAGCUGAGCAACUAAAAAUUUUUUCAUCGAUUGCAAGAUUGUUCAAAUAUGCUCUCCAGCAUCCAAUACCUGUUUUGCAAUAUGAAUGUAUAGAGGCAUUUGCAGAAUUUGCUCUUAACACACCUCAUGCAGCUAUAAUUCCUUUGUGCAUCAAAGAUGAUGAAAAUCUACAAAAACUUGUUCAGCAGUUUCUUAGUAAAAAAAUUGUAAGAGAGAGAGUUGUGGAUGAGAAAGAAAUGUUAUCAAUUUUUAAAACUCAGUUCAGUAAUUUGAGAAAUAAAACUUUUAAUGAUGAAUGUCUAGAAGAGAAAUCAUCAUUUAAGAUUAAUGAGAUGGACAACAUAUUAAUUACAAUUGAAAGCAGUGUGACAAAAUUAGAAUUAUUGGGAAAACAAAAUCUGUCUGAAGAAGUUGUCAACAAAUUAAAAUGGAUAAGUAUGAAAAUAGAUGAUUUAUGUAAAUAAAUAUUUAAACUUUAU